UCAACCGUGUGGAUUUGUGGCUUGAUUUUGAUAAUAUCGCCCAUUGCUAUUUCCGCCGCGCGCUCUUAUUUGAAAAAAAAAAGCCUGUCCGAUAGCUCCUUCGGUAUUCUGGUGAAAAUCCAGUGAAUUCAAAAAUAAUUCCAGUGUUCAAAGUAACAGUAAGUUGAAUAAAAAUGAGGUCUUCCAGUUCCCUCGUCUCAGUUGCUGACUCGCAACUACAUGUUGGUUCCUCCAACCUUCUGGUUCCGGAACACGAACGCAGCCUCCCUCAGCAAAUGCUUCUGUACGUCUACAAUCAGUCGGGAAUCGUAACAGCUCGCCAAAUACCCUUUUGGGAGCGCUUCCGUCAAGAAACGCCGGACGUCCAUUUGUCAGCACGCGAUCUCAGGUCAAUGUUCUACAGGGAAGUUCUGCAUGACCCGGAAUACUUUGACGAUUUGGACGUCGUUGUGGAACAGUACAUCAAUCCCCGUUCCUAUCAAAUUCCACUGGAACCACUAGAAUUCAGUGAUCUCACAGGAGAAGGGUACAUGCUGAAUGCUCCUUCGGAUGCUUCUCCCGGAGAGGGCGAAACGAAUUUCGAAUAUUUGGCAAAAUACGUAUCUACUCCGUUCGAAACGGCCAAAAUCACCCCGCUGCCGCCGGAGGGUUCGCUUUUGCUGCCCGUCUGUCUGCAGUCCGAUUCCUUAAACACGAACGUGGAAACUGUUGAGAAAUCUGGAUCGGAUGUUGACAACAUUUGUGAACGAGUUCGAGCCCUUACGACCGGGAACAUGGUGCUUGAUUAUUCGAUGGACGCACAAAUAAAAUCCCACCAACUGCUGACCGGCGAUGCUCGGGUUGUACCGAAAACAUUCCUCACGGAGGAUCAAGCUGUUCCGAGUGCGCCGGUGUCAAGCCGUUUGAAGCGUUGGAGAUCUAACGACGAUUCCGGACUGCAAAGGUCAUCUAGCAAACGCCUGCGGAUGAACACUUCGCCUUCAGUAAUGGCCAGGCGGGCAAAGUCUUUGACACGUAUGAGUAACAAGUAAGGAUUAUAUUUCAAUGGUAUAGUUCACAUAUUCACUUUGGCUGAAUUUUGUAGCUUUGUUUAUUUUUAAAAUAUUUUUUCUUUACGAAUUUGUUCUAUUUUUUACCUAUAUUCUCCACUUAUUCGUUUCUUAUUAACCAAUGUAUUAAACUAUACGUAGUUUGCAUUUUGCUUUUAUAUCUCGGAAUGAGACUUAUGUUUGUUAUCGGUUGAUGAAAGUAAUAAAAAACAUUUAAUCC